AUGAGCGUUGAAGUGACAGCUGAAAGUGAGCAUUCAUCAUGGAUUGAUUUUAAACCCGGUCGAAGAUUUGGUAAAUGGCGGAUAAAAAAUAAAUUAGAUGAAGGCGGCUUUGGACAAGUAUAUCGUGUUGAGCAUAUUCAACAACGUGGUCGUUAUGCUGCAUUAAAAGCUGAACCAAAUGAUAUUGAAGGUGGAUCAGCAAUUAAACUUGAAAUUAUGAUAAUAAACUUUUUAAAUCGUGAUGGUGAUAAGCCACAUGUGGUAAAAUUAUUUCAUGCUGCAAAACAUAAAAAAUUUUCAUAUAUGAUUGUAACAUUACUUGGUGAAAAUCUUCGAACACUUAAAAUAAGUUGUCAAGGAGAAUAUUUAUCAGUGGAAACAUGGUCUCGAAUUGGUAUACAAUGUUUGUAUAGCAUAAAAUUAUUACAUGAUAUUGGCUUUGUACAUCGUGACAUUAAGCCAGCUAAUUUUGUUAUGGGACAUGAAAGUGAUGUUGAGCAAGCAAGAUGUGUUCAUAUUUUAGAUUUUGGAUUAGCACGUAAUUAUGCAUUUGAAAAACGUAAAGGUCAUUGGAUAGCACGUCGAGCACGUCGUUCAGCGGAAUUUCGUGGUACAAUGCGCUAUUGUUCACCAUCAGUUCAUGAAAAGAAAGAACAGGGACGUAAAGAUGAUAUUUGGUCAUUAAUUUAUUUAUUAAUUGAAAUGCAUUGUGGCUUACCAUGGCAACAUGAAAGAGAUAAGGAACGAUUGGAAAUUAAAAAAAUGAAUAUAAGUGAUAAGGAUUUAUUAUCACAUUUUCCAGAAGAGUUACAUCCAAUAGUUUCACAUUUACGAAAUUUAAAUUGCUACAAUCGUCCAGAUUAUACAAUGAUACAUAAAUGUUUUCUUAAAUUAAUUAAACGAAUUGAUGUACACUAUGAUGAUCGAUAUGAUUGGGAAUCUGAUUUACAACUUCAAUAUGUGUUAAAGCAUCGAAAAAAACGACCAGAAUAUGAGCAUGCUGAAGAAUUUUUUGCAUCUGAUCCAAUCAAAGUGAAUGGACCACCACCAGCUGAAUUAAAUAUGCGUCGAAAUAAAACAGCGGAAGAUUUAGAAGAAAUGUUGGCUAAUAAUUCAUCAUUAUUAAAAGCAAAAAUACAACAUAAAGAACAAAAAAAAAAACAUUGA